AUCUUUUCUUGAAUCUUAUCCAUCACAUUUAAAAUCAUGUUCAGACAAUUAACCAGAAGAUCCGCCGUGAUCCCUCAGUUUACCAGAUCCUAUAUCCCCGGUCAAUUCACUGGUGCCAAGAAGGCCAACGGUAAAUAUACCGUCACUUUAAUCGAAGGUGACGGAAUCGGCCCCGAAAUCUCUGAAGCUGUCAAAGAGAUUUAUGCCGCUGCUGACGUCCCAAUCGAAUGGGAACCUGUUGAUGUCACUCCUUUGUUGAUUGAUGGUAAGACCACAUUACCCCAACCUGCCGUCGAUUCGGUCAACAAAAACUUGGUUGCCUUAAAAGGACCUUUGGCUACUCCGGUUGGUAAGGGACAUUCUUCUAUGAACUUGACCUUAAGAAGAACCUUCAACUUGUUUGCCAACGUCAGACCUUGUCAGAGUGUUCAAGGUUUCGAAACCCCAUACAAGAAUGUCGACACCGUGUUGAUCAGAGAAAACACCGAAGGUGAAUACUCGGGUAUUGAACACACCAUUGUUCCCGGUGUGGUCCAGUCGAUCAAGUUGAUCACCAAGCCAGCGUCUGAAAAAGUCAUCAGAUACGCCUUUGAAUACGCCAAGAGUGUCAACAAGCCUCACGUGUUGGUGGUCCACAAGGCUUCAAUCAUGAAGUUAUCUGAUGGAUUAUUCGUUGAAACGGCUAAGGAAGUGGGUAAGGAAUACCCAGAUGUUUCUUUGGACUAUGAAUUGUUGGACAACACCUCCUUGAAGUUGGCCUCCGACCCAAGUGACUACAAGAACAUUGUGAUGGUGAUGCCUAACUUGUACGGUGAUAUCAUGUCUGAUUUGUCCUCUGGUUUGAUUGGAGGUUUGGGUUUGACUCCCUCUGCCAACAUGGGUAACACCGUGUCUAUCUUUGAAGCCGUCCAUGGUUCUGCCCCAGAUAUUGCCGGUAAGGGAUUGGCCAACCCAACUGCUCUUUUGUUGUCUUCGGUCAUGAUGUUGAGACACAUGUCUUUGAACGAUUACGCCGAUAAGAUCGAUGCUGCUGUCAAGAAGACCAUUGCCUCUGGUCCUGCUAACAGAACCGGUGACUUGAGAGGAACAGCUUCUACUCAACACUUUACUGCGCAAGUCAUCAGCAACUUGUAAUAGAGAUACAUUUUUUAUUUUACCAUUAUUUAACUGAAUAAUCUUAUUCUUAAGGUUUUUUGACCGUUUUAAAAUCUUCUAUAAUUCUUUCAACACCAUGUUGGUGCCUUCCACAAUGGCUAUGUGUUCUAAGUCAUGUACUCGUUUCUCGUAUUCCUCCAAAGUCUCUUGUGGCUUCCCCACCUCCAAACGCUUCACCAAUACCGGCUGACCUCUGUCGACCUCAGUUAUAACUUUGUGAAUCAUCACCCCAGCUUCGGCGAUUUCUCCUGCCUGGCCAGCCUUCCAUGCCCGCUCAAUUGCAUGGGUUCCGUCAAAGGCUCCUGGUAAUGCCGGGUGCAAAUUGAUGAUGGUGAUACCGGCUUUUUCUAAUGGUUCCAACACUUGUGGUGACAAGAUUAACAUCCAUCCGGCGCAUACAAUCAAAUGAGGUUUGGUGUAUUGGGCAUCUGGGUUUCCUUCGAUGUUGCCAUAGAUCAAUAGAUUAGCCAAGUCCACGUUGAAUUGGUGGCGUUUUUGUGUACGUUCUUGUGUGUUUUCUUUGGGGAUUCCUUUGUAGUAGGUCUUCAACUGGUGGAUCGUGGUGGGGAUUUGGGCUGCUUGUGCACGCUGGAGACCAUACGCACUGGCACUAGAGGAGAUCACGUGGGUGAUGUUACCGUUUCCAAGACUGUUGGAUGCUUGGGCAUCGAUGAGGGCUUGGAGAUUGGACCCAGAUCCGGAUAUUAGUACGGUGAUGAGCUUCAUGAUUAGGUUGACUCUGGAACAAUUGGGUGCGAACUUUUGGUUUCGGUGGGCCAAAAGCCGGGUAAGAGUGCCCCAAGAGAAUACCCGCCAGU